CUCACCAUGCUUCAGUUACACACCAGCUGCAGGCCUGUCUGGCUCAUCUGUUCUCUCCUUGGCCUUUCCGUGGUACACACUCAGGCCCAAAAUGUCCUGACUGCACCCGAACAGGUGAGCCUGUCACCCAACAUGACAACGCAGCAAAUAUCCAUAUCAUGGCUGGGAGGCGGCUCUACAAUGUUUGACGUCAUGAUCCUCAGGACGGAACUCAAUGCAAGUGUCUUCUAUGACACGCUGCCUGUGACUGUAAAUCAGUCAACUGGUCGGUACGAGUGGAAUUGGACCUCAGCAGAACCUCUGGAAUGUACUUCGUUGUCUGUCCAAAUUCGCUCAAGAGAAGGGCAGACGACGAGUGAAUGGAGCGACACGCAUAUCCUCCAAGGAGAAGAUCUGCCCACCAAUAGGAAGUUCAAGAUGUACCCAGUGGACAGAGCUGUGGUUGCGGGGGAAAGCACCACUUUCUGUUGCAUUGUGGAAGAAGGGCGGCACUUUGGUCGCGUAACUUACGGCAACACAGUCGUGAACGCCACCCGGCUCAGUCGGCGAAGUUACGGCUUCACAGUGGCCAACCAGUCGCCAUCCAACAGCUCCAGCUCGGGGACCAAUGUCGUCUGCUGGGACAGCGUUGACAAGAAUAAGCUGUCUGGAACCGUGGUCUUUGUUGGAUAUCCUCCACUGCUCAGUGAUUUUUUUUGUGAGACUCACGAUUUGACGUCAGCUGUGUGCCAGUGGAGGAGAGUGCGAGACACCAGAUUGUACGGCAGUAAGCGGCGAACAGUCUACUCACUAAACGACAGGUACUUUGGUGAAUGUGCGAAACAAACCAUUUCGGAACAGCCCAUUACUUGUAGCGUGGCGCAGUGGGAGGGCAACUGGACGCUGGAAGCUGUGAAUCCUUUGGGCCAGUACAGCAUGUCAGACUCUGCUGAAAUCCGGCACAGAGUGCGGCCAGUGGCACCUCAAAAUAUAAGCACUGUCGUCCGUGCAUGGAAUGCCACCAUGUUCUGGAAGUGGGAAUAUGACAGCUAUACUUCCCUGGCUCUGGUCUGCCAGGUAGAGCUCAGUUCUCAAGAUAAUAAAACAAAGCGCACCUUCACAGGCGUCGGCCUGAGAACGGUGAGUCUUCUGGACCUGUAUCCUGAUGAGGAUUACAGUGUUAGAGUACACUGUGGUGCCCAGAAAAAUUUCUGGAAGUGGGGAAACUGGAGUAAACCCUAUUCUUUCAGAACAAAUAUAGAUGUUCCAGCUGCUCUAGAUGUGUGGAUGCACAUCAACAAUGACAACACUGGUCUGAUUCUUUGGAAGGAGAACUGA